AUGGCGCAGCCACUGCCCAUGUCCACUAUCCUGCGGCACCCGCUCGCCUCGAAGCGGUGCAUGAUGAUAUUCCAUCAGAACGGCGAGGAGACGAUGGAACUGUUCGAGCUGCUCUCCCGCUACGAGGCGGUCGGGCCAAUCGGUCAGGGCAGCUACGGCUAUGUCUGCUCAGCCCGUGAUAACGAUCUUGUAGAGAGGUUCCAGGCAAAGCCGCCAGAGGAGUACGAGGACGCCUCGCUCAGGCCGGAGGAGCGGGAGGAGAUUUACGACACGAACACCCUCGUCGCUGUGAAGAAACUGCGUCAGCUUUUCGAAAACAACCAGCCGCGCAUGUGGCUGUGCGCCACGCGGGAGAUUCAGCUCAUGAUGGCGUUCCAGCACGACAACGUCAUGUCGGCGACGGACUUUUUCAUUCCCCUCGGUGGGGUGGAGAUGAUGACGUAUGACGCCAUCCUGCAGCUGCAGCACACCUUCGACGGCGUCUACGUGGUUAUGAAAAAGAUGGACUACACGUUGCGCGAGGUGCUCGACUCCACCAUCGUGACGGCGGCGGAGCUGGCGCCGGGGUACGAGAUGUGGCUGCGACGUAUGAAGCUGUUGAUGGCCAGCGGCGGCAAGGUGAACGCAGAUGUCAGUAGCACCCCGUCCCCUGUGCCGGCGUCGCGCCUGAACGCAAAGGCAGGGGCGCAAGAUGAGGACCAGGCAGCAGCAGCAGCAGCAGCGCCAAUGAACGAUCACGGCGCCCCCGUGGCCAAGACUUCCACCGAUGGCGGUGUCGAGGGGAAGGGUGGUGGUGGAGGCGACGACGCUGAUGGCGCCCCUGUGUGUUGCCCACUGACGACGGUCUCCCUCCACUCCCUCACCCGCGACUACCGCAAGUUUAUUCUGUACCAAAUAUUCCGCGGUGUCGGCUACCUUCAUAUGUGCCCGGUAAUUCACCGCGAUCUGAAGCCGGAGAACAUCAUGCUCGACCGCAGCUACGGCACCCGUAUCACGGACUUCGGCCAGGGCCGCGAUGUCGGGCUCAACGCGACAACCGACUACGUGCAGACAGUGCUGGACAACUGCACCCAGUGGUACGCUGCGCCGGAGACGCUGACAGUCGCCAUCAAUAGCCCGAUGGGCUUCAUCGACCACGACAGCUUCCACGGCGUCGAUGUCUGGUCCAUCGGGUGCAUUGCAGCCGAAAUGCUGAUUGGCCGCCCACUCUUUUACACCACCUCAAUGGGCGGGAAGUCCCAGCUGCUGAGCAUUUUCCGCGUGCUGGGCGAGCCGUCAGCGAGCGCCAUCGCGUCUAUCGCCGAGUACCGCGACAAGGAGACAAGGGAGCUGUUCAUGAGCUCUGUCAAGAAACUGGUGAAGACAGCGCCACCGUCAAGCACCAUCACGCCGACGCUCGCGGAGCUCCUGCGGAGCCCUUACGGCGACGAGGACGAGGAUGAGGUGAGUCUCAUCAUCGACUGCCUGCGCUGGGACCCGCGGGAGCGCAUCACGAUCCAGGCAGCGCUGCAAAACCCGUUCUUCACAAAGGAUGGGUACGACCCAGUGAUCGAUCCCGAAGACACGGCCAAGCGCGUGCCCUCGGUGCGACCCGAGGACAUAUCGGAGCCGGUGAGCGGGCGGGCGUUCUUGUGGAACCUCUUCCUCGAGCGUCAUCCGGAGGUGAAGGAGCUGUGGAACUCCCUCGUGGCCAAGCACGAGGAAGAGGAGCUGGAGGUGAAGAAAACGGCGGCAGAUACCUAA